UACGACGAUUGUAAUUUAUAAUAAUGAAAGAAGAAAGGAUAUAUUGAACAGAACAAAGGUACUAUAAAUAUAUUCAAUUUUGCUAAUAAUGUCUUUAAAAAAAGAAAAAAAAAAAAAAAAAAAUAGAGAAAGAAAAAAGGAAAAAAUGUCUCGUUCUCUCGUUCGAACGAAUUUCACGUUUCAUCGCGCUUUACGAUUUUUUUUUCGCGAGAAUUUUUGUCAAAUAAUCGACAAUAUAAUAAUUUGACCAUGUCCGUGUUUCAUCCAUCGAUAGAUAUAUCUAGUUAAUAGAUAUAUCUAGUAACGAUCACAAAAUACGAUGACAAAAUACAAAACGAUUCUUUUUGUUAUCAUUCGUUAUCAUUUAUCCUUCCCUUUAUAAUCGUUACUCCUCCACGUAUAUUAAAUUUUUCACUUCAGUUCUUAUCCGAUUAUCAUAUCGAUCCUUUUGAAACGAUUAAUUCGGAUAAAAUUCUUUUAUUAAAUCGAUACGAAGAAAAUUAAUAAUUAAUCAUCACAUAAGGCAAACAUAGUCUUACAAUAUUUUUAAUUAUUAUACAAAUAUAUUAUAUUCAUUUGAACAAUUAUUUACUGUCAAUAUAAUGUUUGAAUUCCAUUAAUCAAUAUUUUAAUUAACAAUCUUACGGAUCGUUUAAACGAUAAUGACACUUGAACGUUUUUAAUAUUAAAAUAAUUUAAUUUCACUCUUGCAAAUGUUAUAAACGAGAAAAAAAAAAGAAGAAAAAGAAAAAAGGAAAAAGAAAAUAUAUAGAUCGAUGACUUCGAACAUUUCACGGAGUUAAUUAACUUUCUUAUAUUGAUCGAUGAAUAGGUCAGUUUUUUUCCUUCUUUUUUUUCUUUUUUUUUUUUUUUUCUCUUUUUUUUUUCCUUUUCAUACAAGCAACCUUGAACGAUUAAUUAUAAUAACAUCACAUUUCAAAUCAUAAAUAUCAGCAGCUCUCUUAUUUAUACGAUUUAAAUUAAAAUAAAUAAUUCCUUCGAUCAUUUAAUAAUAUUACUGUUACGUAAACAUUAAUAAUAUUGAUAAUUAAAUAUAAUUUAUUAUUAUAUUAAUAUAAUAAAUAAAUACAAACAAAUUUUUAUUUUAUUAUCCGACGAAUAAAUAUCAAAGGUCUUCUUUUGGGAUGUUUUUUUUCUGUAAGCAUAUCAUCAGAAAAGAGAUAAAAAAAUAAAUAUAAUUCUAUAUAACACAAAUUUCUUGAAUAAUUCAUAUAAUUUUUUAAUACAACAGUGAUACUUAAUUAUUUUCUUUGUCUAUUUCAUAUUUCAGAAGAUCAUUGGAAUAGCACGCGUAUGAAUGAAAUAAUCGAGUGUUUGUAUCUCGUUGAAAUAAAAAUAUGAUGAAAUAAAUGCAGAUUUCCGUAUGUUUCAACUUUCUUUUAUUUUAGUUUAUUUUUCUGGCUCUCUCUCUCUCUCUCUCUCUCUCUCACUCUUUUUUUUAUCUCUUAUUUCUUCUUUUUCUUUUCUUCUCCUUCAGGCUGAAUCAUCAAGGGAUAGAUUAUUUUUAUAUACAUAUAUAUAUACAAACGUUAAUCUGCAGUCGAGUAGUUGGUCGAGAAGAUAGAGAAAAAAAUAGGGAGUAUGGUGGAAAGAGAAAGAAGAAGAAAAAAAAAAAAGAAAGAAAGAAAGGAAAAAAGAAAAAACAAAAAAAAAGCGACGAACCCACAAAAAAUAGUUUACUCUCCUUUUUGUCAAUAUAUGUUCCUAUCCAAAUUCUCUUUUUCAUAUAUCCUUAAUUUUAAAUAUUGAAAAACUUAUUUAUGAAGUUUGAAUAAAAUGAUUUUAUUGACUAAACCAGAACUUAAAUAUUUGGAUAAGAAUAAAAUUCAUGUAUCAAGAAGACCAAAAUUCUUAACCUGGAUCAUAUUUGUUUUAUAUACAAUUCUUUUCAUCUGGAUAUGUUAUCACGUGACGAAGAAUAUUUUUUUUCUGAUUGUCUCAAUUCUGGGAGAGAUAACGUUUUGUUUGGACGCUUUAGGGGAAUGGGAAGAUCUAAUUUUAAAUAAAGAAACUAAUAAGGCCAUUAUAUCAAGAUACACAUGGAGCGACAAGUUAUGUUAUAAAUUUUUAAAUAAACAAUCCAUUCUGAUGGAAUUAGAUGAUAUAAGAUACGUUGGUGUAUCCAUUGAGUUAGGCCUCUUUAUCGUUCAUAAAAAUGGAAAUAUUGUUUCUAUUAAUAUGAAUGGCUUAACACGUAAAGAAAUACAAAUUUUAAGAAAAGAAAUCAAUUAUUUUUUGAAUAUGAGUCGUAUUCAAUGUUUAGAUUGUUUUCCAAGUGAUCCAUACGACCAGCUAAUUGUUAUUUCAGAUUCAGGAAAGGAACGGUUUAAAAAAUUGCCUAAAAAAUAUAAAUCCAUUUCAAUAUCUAAAGAAAUGUUACAGUCUAACAAUGAAAUGAAUGAUCUUAAAUAUUCGCUACAACAAAAUCUUAGUUCACCAUUAUUAGGAUCUAAUAAGAUUGUUAAAUGUUGUCAAGAAAAGCAUUUAAGAAAAGGUCCAUAUACUGAAAAUAGUUUAUCUUUUGUUUAUUCCAAAUAUAUGAAACCUAUCUCUGUACGUUCUUAUGAACAUGAUACUAAUUUAAAAAUUUUUUAGAAAAAAAAAAAAAAAAAAAAAAAAAAAAAAAAGUUGUACGUGUUAAUGUUAACUGUUAAUCUUUAUUGAUUGAAUUAUAUAAAUUUAUGUUAGUUUUUAUCUAUAGAUCAAUUCAGACUAUUAAUUUUAUUCCCAUAUAUUUAUGUCAAUAAAUAUUACGUUAAAACGCAUAAUAAUAAUAAUUAUAUGCGCUUUACUACAACCAUUCUAUUAAUUAUAAAUACUUUUAUAGU